UUCUCCUUUGUAUUCAGUUCAACAGAUUCGUCGCACGUUUCCACUUUAAUAUACUGAUGAUGCAUCUAACAUUGAUCCUUCUUGUGACUUCUUUUGCUUUAGUGUCUGGAGAUAGCAACCUUCCAAGUGACGUACCUGAUGUAUGCAUUCAGGCUGGAGCACCAACAUGUCCCACCGCUCCUUCAAACGACUGUACCACCCGCAAAUUCUACAAAACUAUUAAAAACGUAAGAUGUGAAUGGGGGUGUAAACAUUGGUGUUGCAAACCUGAAAGUGAGGUACUAACCGAAUGUCCAGAAACCAGCCCAACCAAUCCAUACUGUAUACAUACACAUGUUGUGCGGUACACCAUAAACGGAAAGCAAUGUCCCGUAUAUUGUGGGUGUGUACCAGACUGUAGAGUGUUAACCUGCUAAA